AUGGCAUUCUCUCGGUUCAACAAGAAAGCAUCCUCCACUGUCUCCAGCAGCCAGCCCCUGGCACUGGUCAUCGCCAACCUGACCCUACGCUUUCUGCAAUUCAUUUUUGCCGUCGCAGUCCUUGGUCUCUACGGCACCGAACUCAGCGACGCUCGCAAAAACCACACUGGUGACUACUCUAAAUGGUCGUACGCAGAAGUCGUAGGCGUACUCUCGGCCGUCACAUGCUUGGUGUACGUGUUGCCCAAGGUGAAGAGCUGGUGGGCGUUCGGCUGGGAUCUGGUUCUAUUUAUACUAUGGGUGGCUGUCUUUGGGGUCUUUGGAAAAAUCUACAUUCAUGCAAAGCCUGUGAAUGGAGGUGUCAAGAGGAUGAAGAACGCUGUGUGGGUUGACUUGGUUAACAUGCUUCUUUGGCUGGUCACUGCAGUAGUCUCGGUAGUGAUAUUUUUCACGAUGAGAGGUGAAAGGUCGCUUCAUACUGGAAGGGCCGCCGUCUGA